AUGGCCGGUGGUUUCUGGACAGUCGGGGUGGGAGGCGACGGUGAUGGCAGCAAUCGCGAUCCAGAAUGGUGGGAGGUGGACUGGGGGUUAGCGGAUCACCAGCAGCCACAGGUGCCGGCACUCGGUCGUGACGGCGAGCUCUUCGCCUUCUUCUCCCGUGUCCUCGCCCGAGAGAUGUCGUGGGAGGGGUCGUUCAUCACGGCGGUGGACAUCAGCCGGCUGCGGCGGACAAGGCGCAUCCCGGACGGAGUGGAGUGUCGCCUUCCCGCCGGCGAGAUAGCACCCGCGGCGGGGGACAACGAGUCCGUCGUCUUCCUCGCGCACUUCGAGCGCGGAUUGGGACUCCCGGUGAGCAAUUUCCUCCGGAGUUUACUCGACUUUUUUGCUCUUCAACCUCAUCACCUCCCGGCGAAUGCCUUUCUCUCUCUUUCUUGCUUUGUUGCCUUCUGUGAGGCCUAUCUUGGCCUCUGGCCCACCGUGGAGCUUUGGAGCCGGCUCUUCUACUUCAAGGCUCAGGUCAAGGAGGGUGAGCUCCAGGCCUGCGGGGCCGCCUCCAUCUACCCCGGGCGGGAUUUCGUCUUCCCGAAGAUCCCUACCGCCGAGUCAGUAAAGAAGUGGCAGACCGGCUUCUUCUAUGCGAAGAACGCCGACCCGACUAACGACCUCAUCAACCUGCCGGCUUUCAACAUCGCGCCCCCAACCGGCAAGGUGAAUUGGAGGUAUGACCCCAAGAGCAGCGACCCGGCUGCGGAGGUCAACCUGAUGUUCGAGCGGCUGAAGGUGCUGACGAACGACAAGGCCCUGUCAGCGCAGGACUUGAUGGCCACGUUUGUGUCGCGACGGGUGUUGCCGCUCCAGAGCCGGGUUCACAAGAUGUGCCACAUGAGCGACUGGCUUGACCCCACCCGGACCGCCAGGCGGGAGCUGACGGCGGCUGAAGUGGCGAGCCGGGUGAACAUCAUCUCUCAGGCCCGCAUGCCUGAUGGCUGGAAGUGGGGGAUGGAGCCAUUCUCCCGCGAGAAGCUGCCGCCCCAGCACUUCACCCGGCAGGACGUGGAAGACGGUCCGCUAGAGAUGAAGGUGUGGGCGGCUGAUCGCCCUGAAGAGGAGGGCGACGCCGACCAAGCAACGGAUGACGACAUGCUGCUAGAGGAGGACGUCGGCACCAGCAGUAACCAUCGUAAGUCCGCCUCUUCGCAUCCAUUGAGGGACUAUGAUGACGAUGAUGACGAGGUGAUGGUGCUAGAAGCUCUGGACGUGGUGCCAUUGCGCAUCGCGCCUCCCACAGUCGGUCAAGUUCCAGCCAACAGGAAGCGGAAGGGCGCCGCGGCGCAGCAGGCCAUCGACCAGCCGGCCAAGAAGUCAGCACCCACACGCCAGAGGAGGACCGCUAGGCCCAAGGUCGUCCCUGAGGUCGCCGGGGCCAUAAUCAAGUUCUCCAAGGACGGUGCUAGCGGCACACCGGCUGAUACGAUGUCAACGCCUCCACCGCAACCAAGGAGGAGGGAGCCGACUCACACUCCUACCUCCUUCCCACUGCCACCAGCUGGCUCGAGACUGCAGGGCGAGCCGGCUCGCACGGAGGAGCAGCCGGCUUCCAGCUGUCAGCCAACAAUGGAGGAGGUGCUCCGACGCAGCCAACCAGAGGCAGCUGCGCAGGGUGGAGCCGGAGGAGGAGGAGAUGGAUGCCUGGGGGACACUCCGAUGGGCGGCGUUGGCUCGGCCCAGCCGAUUGGCCCUGAGACGGCCGCGCCUCCGCCCCCAGAGCCGGUCGUGAGGAAGGCGCCGGAGCCGGCCGCGGCCCCGCCGUCAACAGAAUCGGAGGCCAAGGCCAAAGGUGAGGCCGCGCAGCCGGACACGCAGUUGUCCCUGCACGUGAGUCCGACUGGCCAGCAUGUGGCGACCACGUCGGCAAGUGCUGGCUCCGGCCUAGGCUCCAUUGACGCGCUUCAGCAGGAGUGGACCGAUGCUGGCGUGCACGAGGUCACCAACAGAGACGACAUUGUGGGGGUGGCGCCGCUCCACGGGUUCUUCGCUGACAUGAGGAUGCUCGUCAGCGCCUCCGCCAAGGAAGCCACAAACCAGCUGCACCGGACCGAGAAGGCUGUCGUGGCCUGCAACGAAAAGAGGGCCGCUGUGUAUGGCCAAGCCCUCCAAGCUUACAAGAGCGUGAAGGAUGACCGCGACGCUUUGGCGCAGGAGCUGCAUAUCCACUUAGCUACCGCACCCAGCUCAGCGGAGUUCAAGCGCAUGAGGGAGGAGCUGGCGGCGGCACGAGGUCGGAUGAAGGAGCUGGAGGAGCAGGACACCCGGGCUGUGGAAGCUGCCAAUAGCGCUGAGGCUCGCAUUCAGGCGCUGGAGGCGGAGGUGAGCCAGCUGAAGAAGGGGGAGGAAGAUCUGAGGGCCCGCCACCAGACUGAUCUCGACACUCUCCGGUUGACUCACCAGGGGCAAGCGGAGGAGCUCAGCCGGCAGCUGAAGGAGGCCGACGCCGAGCUAAUCAAGGUCCAGGACCAGCAUGGCCUCCUGACGAAGAAGGCAGCGGCGUGGGUGGUUGAGAUUGACAAGCUCAACCACGCCAUGGAGGAUUGCUUUCCUAAGUUGCAGGAGGCGGAUGUUGCGGCAAUUUUGGCCGUCCGGCAGGAGCAAUCAUGUCCACACCUCGAUGAUACCUCCCACUUUACCAUGGAGGAUCACCUGGCCGCCAUGACCGCCCGGCUUGGGCCAAUGGAGACGUUGGGCCGGGAGCUGCGCCGCACCGCCAACGAAAUCUUCGCUGUGCUCUGGCCCACUCAGAGCCUGCCAACGGACCUUGGCCGGCUGGUACAAUGGCUAGAGACCGCGCCUGCACGGAUCGACGACUGGCGGGAGUCGGCCGCCCGAGCCGGCGCUGAUAUGGCACUCUCCUUUGUACUGUCAUGGUACGAGGAAGUAUCUCUGGACCAGUUGGAGGGUCGUCGAGCCGGCGCGGAGAAGACGCUCAGUGCGGAGACCAUCAAGCGGCGCCUUGCGCGCGCUUGCGCCAUAGCCGAAUACGUCCACAUCGACGACUUCAUCUCCGACCCUACCAAGGACACCACGCUGAACGAACUCAACUUUAUCGAUGAUGAUGAUGAGAAAGGAGAGGAAGAUGGCGAGGAGGGUGAAGACGCUCUGGCGGAGCCGGGUGCUGGGCAGCCGGCUGCGCCGGAAGUUCCUCCAUCUGAGGCGCCAGAGGCAACUCCAACUGCUCCAGUUGGUCCUCCUCCAGCCGGCUCCUGAUCUUUUAUUUUAGAUAUUUGAAACGUUAGAUUCGGCAUGCCCGGGUGUAGUUGUAAAGGAUAUUUAAACC